CUCUCUCAUAUUUAUGGUCCCAUAAACUAGUAUUAGUGGUUAAUAGUUAUGGUACAAAUACAAACUAUAAAACCAUUUCACUAGCUUCAGCCCUAUGACAUUCCACACACUCGCUCUCUCUUUUCCAUUGAUUCAUAACUUUGCGGGUUAGGCUCAGACCCAAUCUCUAUUAUUAGUAUUACAUAUCUUGGUCUUAAUUUUGAUUGAAGCUGAAGCAUCUUGGAGGAACCAAAUGGCUCCACUCUUGUACCUUGGUUGCAGAAGGGUGCUCCUGUUCUCUCUUCUUUUGUUCUUUUUUGUUUCUGUUUGCUCAGAACCUCAUCAACCAGAGAGCAAAGCCUUGUCUAGUGAUGGCAGCAGCAGAAGCAGAAGAAGAAUGUUGUUGUUGGAGUUGGAUUCUGAAAAGGAAGAAUUUGAACAACCCCUGAAAAAGAAAUCCACCAAAAACCAAACCAAGUUAAUCAAACCCACCACUAGCCUCUCCUCCAAAAACCAAACCAAAACCAUCAAAUCCAAUAACCUUAGUUCCUCCAAAAACCAAACCAAGCUAGCCAAAACCAAAGCCACCACCCUCACCGACACCGAGGUUGUCGUGAAGAAGCUCAACUCCACCACCUUAAAGUCCAAGAAGCUGAAUUCCACAUCCAAAGGCUCCACGAAAUCAUCCUCAUUGGAUCUCGCGAAAACAAGUGGUACUAGUGGCGGCAAGAACAAAACGACAAAAGCCACCGCCACCAAGGACAAGGAAGUUACCAAUAAAAAGACCAAGUUGGAUCAAACCGAAGAAUCCGACAAGCAGAGUAAUAAGAAGAGUAACACCACCAACAACAAGAAGAAGAAAGAACAACAAGGACAACCUAGUUGGGUGUUCGAAGACGAGGUGGACGAUGAUUUGGUUUCGGAGUUCAAAGAUCUACCCAUGAAGUUCCAACAAACACUGAUCCCAGACCUGGAACGAAUCUCCACAACCUCAAAAGCCUACAUAACAAAAGCCAACAAAGAGAUCACGAGAGGGUUCAAACCCUACGUUGGCAACAAGUACGCACCCACCAUCACCACUUUACUCUCUUGCGCAUUCGCUUUGAUCCCUUUGCUUUUGGCCUCACUCCUCUUCAACAAAAUCAAAGCCUAUUUCUCACUCCAAAAGCUCUUAAUCUUCAUCCAAGCCUACCUCGCUAUCUACUUCUCCAUUCUUUGCCUUUCUUCCUUCGUCACUGGCCUUGAACCUCUCAGGUUUUUCUACUCUGCUUCGCGCUCCACCUAUCUUUGCCUGCAGGUCCUCCAAACUCUCGCUUACGUUCUCUACCUUUUGCUGCUACUCAUGUAUCUCGUUUUGGUGUUCUCAACUGAUUCUGGAUUGGGCUCCAAAUUCUUGGGCCUGGCCCAAACUUUUGUGGGCUUUUCCGUGGGGUUGCAUUACUACGUGACUGUGUUUCACAGGGUUGUGUUGAAGCAACCGCCCAAGACCAAUUGGAAGAUUCACGCCAUUUAUGCCACGUGUUUUUUCCUCAUUUGUGUCAUUGCUAGGGCUGAUAGAAAGAAGAAGACCUACUUGGAAGAAGGUGGAGAAGAGGGCAAGAAAAAUUGAAAUUAGUCAAAUUGGCUAUAUAUAUUAGCUAUUAGCUAUACCUACAUUUUCGUUUUUUUUCCUCAUAAUUAAAAUUUUCAAAUUAUCCAAAGCAACAUAUACCAAUAUUGUUCUAUUAUAUUGUAGCGAAAUGCCGUAAGGCUUUUGGCUUUUGUGUCAACCAGCAUUCAGAUUCGUUCCAUAAAUAAAUUCAUGAUGAGGUGAUGGCUAUAUAACUGUAUUAUUGUAUAAUGCAUAUAUUAUUCUGAAUCAUAAUAUAUAGUAUCACUAUAUGUACCUCCUAGGGGUGCGGCUGCUAUUGUUA